UUCGCGCCUCGGCAAGCCCCCGCUGGUCAAGAAGAACUCGGGGUCCAUGAGUGGCUGUGUGUCGCCGCCCCGCUACCUUUGGAUCCGCGUGGCCCUGUUCGAGAAGGUGCUGGCCAAGAUCAUCGACUACCUGGUGCAGAACAGCAGCAAGUACUACGAGAAGGACGCCCUGGUGGCCGACCCCGACUACGGCACCAUCCUCAGCUCCCUCCUGGUGGGUCCCUGCGCCCUGGACUUCAGCCGCAUGAAGACCGUGGACCACCUCUGGACGGACCCACCGGCGGACGAGUUGGUUCAGCGGCACAAGCUGUCCUCGGGUCCCGCCACGCCCCCCGUCCCGCGCCGCCCCGGCCUGCACGAUGCAACUCAAGGAGGGAAAUCGAAAUACCGCAAGCCUGUGAGCUGCAGCAGCGAGGACGUGGGCGUGGCGCCGCCCCGCAGCGUGCCGCUCAACGCGCGGGACUACGUGGAGAGCCUGCACCAGAACAACAAGGCCACGCUGCUCUACGGCAAGAACAACGUGCACGUGCAGCCCAAGGAGCAAAUGGACGCCAUGCCAGGCUACAUGUCCCUCCACCAGACCACCGAGGGGCUCGUCAUCAAGUGGACGCCCAACCACCUCAUGAACGGCUGCUGCCCGGACACCACCGAGGACAAGAGACCUUUCUAUAUGGAUAUGUGCUUUCAAAAAAGCAUCUAUUGGGAAUAUGCCCUCAACGUGCGUGUGGAAGAGAUCGUUUAUGUUCACUGCCACCAGCAAGCUGAUUCUGGGGGAACCAUAGUGCUGGUGGGGCAGGACGGCACUCAGUACCCUCCCAUCCACUUUCCUCGCGGCGGCCACUUGCUAGCCUUCCUGUCCUGCCUGGAGAAUGGCUUGCUGCCCCACGGCCACCUGGACCCUCCACUCUGGUCACAGCGUGGCAAAGGCAAAGUGUUCCCCAAGCUGAGGCGGAAGGCCCGGGCGCUGGCAGGGCGGCAGCAGGCGCAGGACAAUGAGGACGAGGAGGCCACAGACUAUGUGUUCAGGAUCAUCACCUCCCUCAAGCCUGACAGAAUCUCCCACCUUGACCUCAUGUCCCCACUACUACGAACAAGUACUGGCUGGCUGCCUCGUGUCCCAAAGCUGUCAUCACACUCCUCCUCCACCUCCUCCUCAAAGUCCCUCAGCAUUGGGGACUCCAUCAGUGAAAUCCUGCCUCCGCCCCCAACCCCAAACCCCAGCCUGGACGUGCCAUUGCCACCCACUGAGGAGUGCAGUGAGGAAGAGAAAACACACAACAAUAUGGAAAAGAACAGUGACUCGCUGGAGCUGCUGUGUGCCACUAUGAAGCACCAGAUCAUCUCCCGAGCAUUCUAUGGCUGGCUGGCCCACUGUCGCCACCUCAGGACCGUACGUACCCACCUGGCCGGCCUCGUGCUGCCCUCUGCUGCCACGCCAUCACAUGUUCCAGCGUGGGAGGAAGGUGUGACAGAGGAGGUAUGGACAAGCCUGCACACCGACGGCUGCCUCACCCAACAGGAGGAACUGCUGGCACGGGUGUACCUGGGCGGGGUGGUUCAUCCCAUCAGGAAGGAGGUCUGGCCUUACCUGCUCGGUCACCACACCUUCGGAAGCACCGCCGAGGAGAGAGCUGAACAGGACCGCAGGAUACGUCAGACGUACGAGACCACGAUGUCCGAGUGGCUUGCCGUGGAGGCCAUCGUGCGGCAGCGGGACAAAGAGAUCAUGGCCAUGAACAUGCUCAAGUUGUCCUCUGAGUCACAAAAUGGAGAAAUCCCACUGGUGUUUGAGCCCGACACCUUGAGCAUCGGGUCAGUGGACAACCCUGGCGUUGUGCACGAGGAGGAGGAGGACAUCCCGCCUCCUGAGGGUUCGUGUCCAAACAAAGACAUGACGGAGGAGAUCAGAAAUAAAAUCAACAAUGGAGAAGAUGCAGAACUACCUCAAACCAGAAGUAAAGAGAUCUCAUUGGAGGAGGAGGCAGAGUUUGAAGAAGGGAUGUACACCAAGGAGAAACUCAGGCAAGAGAGCAAAGAGAGUGACACAGCAGAGGUGACGAGUCCUACAUGUGUGAUCACUCCUGACGAGGGUGUGGAGGAGGGAAAUGAGCCGGCCAGCCCCCAGCAUGCUAACGAUGACACAGCAGCCAGUGUUAGUGCCUCGUUCACCGUGGAGACUUGUAACCCCCCCACCACCACCCCAGUUAUAGUUAGCAAAGCCUCCCUAGACAGUGGCAGCCACUCUGACGUAGUAAAUGGUGUUGAGGAGGACACAGUCGCCGAUGAGGAGGUGCGGCACAUAACAGAGGACAAGGAGGAGGACGAAGAUGGCAGCAUGAAGGACGGCAUCACAGAAAAUGGAAAGGCUGAUGAGGACAAGAACAUGGACACACUGGCAGUGGAUGACAACCAGGAUGGCCACAGCGUGGAGUCCCGUUCCUCGUGCAUAUCUCCGGCCUCCUCCCAGGGUGGCGUUUACUCGACUGAGCUGCUGGACUCCUUUGGCCUAAACCUUCACCGGAUAGACAAAGAUGUCCAAAGAUGUGACCGUAACUACUAUUACUUCACACCAGACAACCUGGAGAAGCUUCGCAAUGUGAUGUGCACGUAUGUGUGGGAACACCUGGACACAGGCUACAUGCAGGGGAUGUGCGACCUGGUGGCUCCACUUCUUGUUGUCUUUGAUGACGAGGCGGCCACCUACUCCUGCUUCUGCCAGCUGAUGGCGCGCAUGUCCCACAACUUCCCAAACGGUGGAGCAAUGGAUCAACACUUUGCCAACAUGAGGUCACUAAUACAGAUCUUGGAUUCUGAGAUGUUUGAGCUUAUGCACCAAAAUGGAGACUACACUCACUUCUACUUCUGCUACCGGUGGUUCCUCCUUGACUUCAAAAGAGAGCUGGUGUACGAGGAUGUGUUCCGGGUGUGGGAGGCCAUCUGGGCAGCGCGCCACGUCUCCUCAGCACACUUCGUCCUCUUCAUCGCCUUGGCACUUGUCGAGUAUUACCGGGACAUCAUCCUUGACAAUAAUAUGGACUUCACUGAUAUCAUCAAAUUUUUCAAUGAAAUGGCUGAGAGACACGAUGCCAAAGUGGUCCUCCAGACAGCCAGGAACCUCGUCCUUCAGCUUCAAACAUUAAUUGAAAAUAAAUAGACCUUCUAGAGUACUUUCAUGUGCCAAAACUGCAAGUCUUGCCCUGUUGUGUACACUUAAGGUACAUGCACCCUGCGUCCGGAGCAGCAUGAGUGAGUGUCAGGGGUGGCUGUGUGCUGCCUGGACUCUUAUGCAAGAUGGAAGAAACUCAGGCCAACCUAAAAGAGUUUGUAGCAGUGUUAAGGUUUGGGUCAAGGAAACAGAAAAUGAUCUAUAUUUCUAGUCUGGCUCUUAGUUGAAUCCUUUGUGAAAGAUGAACGAAUACAUAAUAUAUAAUAUCAUGUAAUGAUGCAGUGAAUUUUGUUCAUAUGCAUGUAUGUUAACAUACAGAUAUCUAAAUAGAUAAAGUCUAUAUUAUAUAGUAAUAGUUGAAAUUCUUUAUCAGAUUUUAUAUAGAUGACCUAUAUUUCUUUGAAUGUUGAAUGUAUUUACUAUAAUUUAAUGUGAAGUACACACACACACACACACACACACACACACACACACACACACACACACACACACACACACACACACACACAUACAUACAUACA